AUGUUUAUAUUAUAUAAGAUAUUCAACUAAAAAGACUAAGAUAAAACAAACACUUAGAUAGAAUGGAGUGGAGAAUAUUCCGAUGUUGAAAUAAAUAAAAUACACAUUCCUAUUCCUACUUUUGCUAAUGAAAAAGCCGUAAAGUAGUUAUAAGAUGCUGUAAAAGAAGUUUAAAAUUCAAUUAAUGAUCAUUUGGAUAAUCAAAACUAAAAAAACUAAAUUUUAGAAAUGAUAAAUGAAGAAUUCAUUAAAAGAAAUGUAGAUUUUAUUGAAAAGUAUUAUUAAAAAUCUCAAGAGUUGAAUGAAGAAAAAAAAGAAAAUGAACUCAAAUCACCUGACAAUUCUAGUGAAAACUAGCUAAAUUAAAAUCCUUAAUAAGAUAACUCUGGUAGAACUAAUUAAAAUUAAUUUAACUAUGGCCUAAUUUAGAAAUACAAAAUUUACAACCAAAAAACACUCAAAUAAUAUAAGAAUGAUUUGAAAAAACUUUUAGAAGAAAUAAUAAAAGACAACUAAACAUUUUGCCAAAGAUUAUAAUAAGACAUUAACGAUUCAAUAAAAUCAAAAGAAAAAAAAUAAAAAGAAAAAGAAAAGGAUAUGAAAACAAAUAUCAAGAACCCUUACUUGUAUAGUGAAGAUGACUAUAAAAUAGAUGUACAAUAGUGUAAUUAAAUUUUGGAAUCUAUUGAUAAUUUUGGUGUAGAUCAGUGUGACGUGUAGGUAAAAAAAAACAAAGAUCUUAAUAUUGAAGGGACGAUAACUAUCAAUUUCCAAUAAAAUAAGAAACUUAAAACUAUUAUAUAUUCAAUAUUAUAUCGUGGUAUUUGCUAAUAAGAACAUAAGAGUGCAAAAAAGUUUAUUUACAAGAUAUUAGGCUAUAUCGACCCAAAAUCAUCUGGAUUUCAAUCUGAAAAUUUUAUUCUCAGACAAAUUUUCUUACACUUUUUAAGUAUCUUGAAAACUUGUGCUAACUAUAAAGAGCAAUUAACUGAAUUUUUAAAAAAAAUUUUUAAAUUUGAGUUCAUUUCUUCAUUAAUCUUAAAUUACUUGUUGUCUUCAGCCUUAAAAAUUCUUAAAAAACCAAAAAAUGCAGAUGAAAAUGAAGAUAUAGAUUCCUUAGCAAGAGUAUAUAGCUUAGACUUAUUUUUAACUGAUCGCAAACAAAUUAAAAAAUAUAAACAUAAAAAUGAAAAAUAUGGUCAUAUUAUAUUUAUUUAUUUCGAAUAAUCUUUAGAAUAAGAACAAAAUUAGGCAAUUUACUUUCUCGAUAAACCUAAUGACGAAUUACGUAUUCGUGCUUAUCCUGAUUAACAGUGA